UAAACAUUUGCGAGCGCGCGCGAAAUUUCAAAAUAAAAGUGCUUAUCGCUGUGAUUUUUAUCGCGGUUCCUUAAUUAUAUUUUAAAUCCUGUAGUGACCGUAGUGCCUUAAAUCAGUUAUCUAACUUAUGCUGAAGAUAUUUGGGUUUUACGGAAUGUCCAACAAUGAUAGUAAAACCGAACAGGAAUCGAUUGAAAUCGACGAACUGGAACAGCUGUUACUGGAAGCGGAAGCAGAAGAAAAACCGGUUCUGAACAGCGUACAAUCCAUAUCACUGACUCAGUCAAGUGGUUCCGCCAGUAGUGUCAAGGCGGUGGUAAGACCUACGGUUGUUUCCUUGGAAGGGUCUACUUUUUUGAAAGAGCUGAAUGGAAGCAACAUACCGGUGACAAAUGUUCCGACAUUGAAGAAAGGAUCAAGUGCCGUCCACAGCGGCGAUACGGAUUCAUCGGACGACGAGGAAACACGAAAUUUCCUAGAAAGAAAGUAUGACGAGUAUGGUCGGGGGAUCAACGCGUUACUGAAGCAGAAGGAAGAGGAACGAGUUGAUUUGCAAAUUUCUAACUUCAUUGAUAGAACCUUGAAACAGGCGGAACGUAACGUCAGUAAAAUAAGCGGAGUCAAGUCGGUUGUGAAUAGUAAAAAAGAACCUCCUAAGGAAGAUAUCAAACCAUUUCCGGGUACCGUCAAUGUCGCGCUGCCAACUCCAGCCAAAACAGAAAUUCCAGAUGUCUUUAAAACCGGAGUCUAUACAGAUCCUGUUUUUGGGAUCAGGAUUGUUCAUCCACUCAUUUCAAGUACCGUGCUUCAGCAACGUAUGGAGGGACGUAAACCUAUUUCAAUGACUAAAAUAAAGUACCAUAUCGAGCACGGCAAUCUUAAAGAUGAUUGGGCUAUUGCCGGGGUAGUUCUAAGCAAAAGUCCUACCAAAACGACAUCCAAAGGUGGUCAAUUUGCUAUUUGGAAAUUAAGUGAUCUGCAUGGUGACAUCAAAACCAUAAGCCUAUUUCUGUUUUCGCAAGCGUACAAGGACCUUUGGAAAACGGCCGAAGGAAUGGUGAUCGCCAUCCUCAAUCCGGGAGUGUUGGAGCGCAAUGAAGAUCGAAAUGUUGAGGCAGUUCUUUCAAUUGACAAAUCUGCCAAAGUUAUGAUUCUGGGCCAAUCGCGAGAUAAGGGCAUUUGUCGGAGUCGGAAGAAGAACGGUGAAAGAUGCACGGCUGUAGUCAAUUUGGGGAAGUGUGAAUAUUGCGUUUACCACGUGAAGCAGGAAUACAACAAAGCUUCCAGUCGAGGUGGCCUAACAUCUUCGACAGCUGGCCGAGGGUUGCAGGAACUGAGGAACAAAGUUCUGGGGAAAAAUGAAGUUUUCUAUGGUGGGCAAAGUUUUUCUGCAGUCAAAGCUACCAAAAAUCCAAAACAAGUCGAAAAGGACAAGCACCGCAUGAUGACCUUGUCCGAGUACUAUCAAUCGCCUUUCCAAGGGCAGCAGCAAUCGACUCAAACACCCACAAGUGUUCCAGCCUACCGGCAACAACAAGCAAGUAAAACGGCCACAGCUCAAUCGAAAGCUUCGGCAGCUCGAUUGGAAAUAAAUGUUAAGCAACGCGAAAAGGACGUUGAACGUCUCAAACAACUUGGUCUGGCUGAGCCAUCUUCUUCAAGUGCUGCAGUAGCUGCACCUAAGUCUACUCCGAGUGGAAGUAUUGCUAAAGUGGAGGCAAGUCCCGCACCCAAACUCUCCGUUCCAAAUGGGUUCGAAAGUAAAAAGUUCAGUUUGGAAGCGAAACCUCGCCUUAGCACCGGAAACUUCGUGAUCGAUUUGGGUUCAUCUCCCAAGCAAGCUUUGCACUCUCGCAAGAAAGCUGCAGAUCUGGUCAAAUCAAAGCCAUUGGAAAAAGCGAAUCCCAACUUCAUCAAAUAUCGUGGAUCCGAAACGGGAAAGAAGCGAGCCCUUGACGAGCUAAGUCUGAAUGAAGAAGUUGACGGUAAUUGUAGCAAAAAGCGUAAAUUAGAAGACGAAGAAAAGUCUCGCAGGGAGCGCAUUCAGAAAAUUAUGGAUGCAACCUCUUCCCAUACGGAUCUCAUUAAAGCACACGAAGAAGAACAACAGGAAAAAUACUUCAACGAUCUCGAAAGGAAGGAAGCGAUGGAGGAAAAAAUGCUCAACACUUUUAAAAUGGCCUGCAAAGCGGUCAUCUGUACCCAGUGCAAGUAUAUAGCGUUUUCUGCCGCUGACCGCUGCAAGCAAGAACAGCACGAGCUCAAGGUUCGCGAUGCCGAAAAACGAUUCUUCAAAUGUGGCGACUGUGGAAAUAGGACGGUAUCACUGCACCGAAUUCCGAAGUUUAGCUGCAAAAAUUGUCAGAGCUCCCGGUGGGAACGUUGCGCCAUGCUGCGAGAAAAGCGUGGUCCAGAAAUAGGCAACUCCCUGUCCAUUCGGGGCGACGAGGAAAAGUUUCUCGGUAGCUGUGCGAAUGCUGCUAAUUUGAAUCUGUUGGUCCCAACCGAAGAUGGCAAUUGAGGUAUUUAUUUAUGAUUAUAUUUUUGACUUUUUACAAGUUUAUUACGAUUAUGUUGAAUAAAGCACCGUAUUCAAAGUGAAAA